AUGAAAAGUGUUUUCAACCGGGCCCUAGAAAUUAACUUGAUGGACUAUUUUUGCUUGAGAUUCACACAACUACUAAACCAUACAUUAAAGUUCAAAAAAGGUGAGCCAAAUGCCGAUAGAGUGGCGAAAUUUGUUGCUCACUUUGUACGAUCUGGGGCUGAAGAAGUAGCCAAGAUGGAAGAAGUGCACAAGGAGGAGCGAGGAGACGCAAAAGAUGUGGAAAUCAACUUUACGAAAGAGGAAUUGGUCAAAAUCGAAGCCAACACGGAGUUUGUCUCAUACUUGAUAAAGCAUCUUCUUCGUGGUAUCGAGGCAUCUAACAAACUGGUCCGAUAUAGGGUGGUUCAAUUGUUUGCACUAAUUAUAAAGUAUAUGGGAGAUGUAGAUGCAGAUAUAUUCCAUGUGCUCAUUGUAUCGUUGUACAAGAGGUUAAACGACCGUGAGGUUCCAAUACGUAUGCAAGCUGUGAUUGCUUUGGCUAGUUUCCAGUAUUUUGAUAUCAAUUUUGAUGACGAGGAUGACAUAGAACUGGGAGAGAAGCUAUCACCUGUCAAAGUGACGAAUGACUCCAUUAUAGAGUGGCUAAUGACCUGUCUACAACUUGAUGACAGUGCUGAAGUUAGACGUACUGCAAUGCUAAACACAGAAAAGAGCAAAACUACUAUCAACCUUCUUUUGGAAAGAGUUAAGGAUCUCAAUAGUAUCAAUCGAAGAAUUGUUUUUUCGAAAAUUACACCUGAGCUAGGCAAAAUGAGCAAUCUAAAGGCAAAGCACAGGGAGAUAUUGAUGCAAUAUGGACUCCAUGAUAGAGACAAGAACGUGGCUGAUGCUGCUAUCAAGUUAUUAUGCAACUCAUGGUUUGACUCUUGUGGUGGUGACUUGAACAAGUUCCUCGAAUUAAUGAAUGUGACCCGUAGCAAAAUAGCUGAAAGGGCAGUGUCAACAUUAUUCACAACUCGACCUGAAGUAGUUCAGAGAAUUGAAAUCACCCCGGACUAUUGGAAAUCCUUGUCAAUUGAGAGUUCGUACUUGAUGAGGGCCUUUUUCACUCACUGUAAUGAGAAUAGACUUUACAAGGUUAUUGAGACCAACUUCCCCGACCCAUUAGAGUUGGCUGAUACGUUGAGCAAGUACUUGAGGAUGCUUGGCAGCAUCAAGCAGGAUAAUCUUCAAGCGCAUAAGAUGUACGACGAUUAUCUAAAGGAAAUCAAUGAAAUAGAGAAUGCUAUGUUUGAAUGCGACAAUUCAAUGGCGGCGAUAAAUUUGAAACUUCAUGCUUGCGUAAAAAAGAUGCAAGUACUUGAAAGUUCGGGAGAAGUGUUGGGCGAGUCUAGGAAAGCUAAAUCCCAACGGCGAAAAGAACAACAGCAGGAGAAACAGCAGCUUCAAUCUGAGAUUAACAAUUUGGAGCUGGAAUUUAAAGAUCAUGAAGAGGAAUACAGGAAGUGUUUUGAAAUGAAAACGAUCAAAUUGAAUCGUCUAAAGGCAAACCGUGACAAAUUCGAAGAUUACAUUGGAAUGAGAAAAGAUUUGAAAUUUAUUGCCAAUCAGCUACUUGUAAUCUGCAUUGACUUUGACUUUAGCGAUGAAGUUGGAAGGCGGGCCAUGUUGAAUGUUAUUAGGACUCAACUCCACGAGGAAAACAAUUUUGAGCAAGACGAUGUCAACAAUAAAGCGGGCAAUGAUGGAGACGACAUAGUUAUCAAUGCGUUGAAAGUUUUGCGCAAAAUUUCAAUUAAUGUGAAGGAUUUUGUUGCAAUGACAGUGGAGAUAAUCACUGAUAUCAGAGACUCUGGGGACAUAACCGAUACAGAGGAUGUUUACCAUUCCGCAGCAAACACAUUUGAUGGACAAGACAACGGUACGUUGGCAAUAAGGGAAAGCGCAGGUAGGAAAGAUAAAGAGUCGGAUGCGGAAAAUGGUGACGACGACAUCUCCCUAUCUGACGUUUCUGAUUCAGACAUGGAUGACUCGGAUGAUGAAAGGGAAGAGUCGCAUAAAAAGAGGAAAACUGGGCCCUCCGUACCAAAUGACGAGAUCCUACUUCGAUGCUUGAAAUUAACAAAGCACUCAUUGGAGCUUAUUGAUGACAAUUUGGAUCAUCAUCUAUCGCUUCGUUCAAUUUAUUCGGGUUUGGUUAACUACGCAUUAACUCGCACAUCCAAUCGUGCAUUAUAUUUGACUGCAUUGGAAUGUUUGGGUUUGUAUGCCCUUAUUGAUGAGUCGAUUGCCAAGGAAGCACUUGUAACUUUUUUCAAUACAACAAAAACUUCGGGUGAAGAGGUCAAAUUAAUUUGUAUUACCGGUAUUAUCGAUAUCAUAUCCUCCUUUGGUAUUGACAUCAUUGCUCACGAGAGAAGGUUUGGAUUUCUUCGAUUAUUUUAUAAGGUGCUUUCCGAUGAUAGCUCGAAAUUGAGGGCAUUAAUGGGUGAGGGUAUCAGCAAGUUGUUUUUGGCUGACAUCUUUAUGAUCAAAACUGUAAACACAAUCCACAACAAUAAGGAAGAAAGUCUGGAGACUAACAAUGAGGAGGAUGCCAGCGGUGCUGAGAAUGCAAGAGCCGAGACUAUAGAGGAAGACGAUGAAGACAAUGAACUGGAGAAGGAAUUGUUUGUUGCUUUGUUGUUGAGUUAUUUCAAUUCCUCAACAUCCGGAGCCUCCAAGAAUAACGAAUUGAAGCAGGUUUUGGCAUUUUGCAUCCCCGUUUACUGUUUCUCGCACCCUAAUCAUCAGCUUGGAUUGGCUAGUGUUUCGGGGGAUUUGCUUUUGAAGGCGUCGGAAACAACCACAUUGAAGCCAGGUAAAAUACUUCCCCAGUUGAUUGAUUGGGCUAAUCCACAGAACCUUGCUCAAGCUAAAGAAACUAAGGGAAGUAGUUUGUUUACUCGUCAAUGGCCACACAUCUGGCAAGCAUUGUAUAUUAUGGAAAUAUUUGAGGUGAGAGAGUUGGGGAAGGAGUUCAGACGAGCCAUCAUCAAUAACUUGUCCAAGAUUCAGAUUUCGAUAUUUGAGCGUGAUGACGAUGGACAUGAUGCUCGGUACUUGGACGACAUAAGUGCGCUUUUGCAGAAAUUGGUUGAGGAGAUUGACCGGAUGAAGGAUAUUUUGGAAAUGUAUAAGGAUGAUUUCGAUUACCAAAUGGACAGACUUACCUUGAAGAACUUGCAGAAUUUUCACGAUUCAACGUUGGAUAAAUUGGAUAUUGUUCGUGGAAAACAAGAGGAUUUGGAAAAGCACAGGAGAAGAUCUCAGAGAGGCUCAGCAAGUCCUUCUGGCAGAAGCAGGAACAACUCAGUGUUGUUGAUUGAUGAGGCGGUCAUAGUGGGUGAAGAAAGGCAAGCCAGUAGCACUCCGACAAAAGUGAAACCAGAGCCAAGAGACAUCAACGACGAUGCACAGGAUAGACUGAAUGCUGGCGAUACAAAUGACGUGCAGCAAGUGUACGGAAGUGACGAUGAUGACAUCGUUAUGCAGGGUUCAGGUGACGAAGCAGAAACUGUGUCUGAGAAUUCAGAUGAGCUGGCCAGUUUGAAAAAGAGAAAGAAUGGGCAGAAAGGAAAGGAAUUGAAUGUUGGGUCUGCUUCAGUAAUCAAAACAAACAGUAUGCCACAUAGACAAAGAACGUUUGAAGAGUUUAUGGAAGGUGAGUCUGAUAUUGAUGAUGUGGAAGAAGAGCUGGAAGACGACACCUACGAUUAA